AUGAGUAACGCACAGAACCGCGGGGGCGCGCGAAAGAUCUCAUUCAACGUCAGCGAGCAGUAUGACAUCCAAGAUGUCGUCGGCGAGGGCGCCUAUGGAGUCGUGUGUUCUGCUGUCCACAAGCCCUCAGGGCAGAAGGUCGCUAUCAAGAAGAUUACACCCUUCGAUCAUUCAAUGUUCUGCUUGCGGACACUACGCGAGAUGAAGCUACUGCGCUACUUCAACCACGAGAAUAUUAUCUCCAUCCUCGACAUCCAGAAGCCGCGGAGCUACGAAACCUUCAACGAGGUUUACCUAAUCCAGGAACUCAUGGAAACCGACAUGCAUCGCGUCAUCCGCACCCAAGAACUGUCCGAUGACCAUUGCCAAUACUUCAUCUACCAGACACUGCGCGCCCUCAAGGCGAUGCACUCGGCGAACGUGCUCCAUCGGGACUUGAAGCCGUCCAACUUGCUUCUCAAUGCCAAUUGCGACCUGAAGGUCUGCGACUUCGGUCUGGCGCGGUCCGCUGCGUCGCAGGAGGACAACUCGGGCUUCAUGACGGAAUAUGUCGCUACCCGUUGGUACCGUGCUCCUGAGAUCAUGUUGACCUUCAAGGAAUACACCAAGGCGAUCGACGUCUGGUCAGUGGGCUGCAUUCUGGCCGAAAUGCUCAGUGGAAAGCCUCUAUUCCCUGGCAAGGACUACCACCACCAACUUACGCUCAUUCUGGACGUUCUGGGCACUCCGACGAUGGAGGAUUAUUAUGGGAUCAAGUCUCGCCGCGCGCGCGAGUACAUCCGGUCGCUGCCUUUCAAGAAGAAGGUGCCUUUCCGGACCCUGUUCGACGGCACAUCCGACUUGGCACUUGAUCUGCUAGAAAAGCUCCUCGCGUUUAACCCCGUCAAACGCAUCACAGUUGAGGAGGCGCUUAAGCACCCCUAUCUUGAGCCCUACCACGACCCGGAUGAUGAGCCGACCGCGCCGCCCAUCCCCGAGGAGUUUUUCGACUUCGACAAGCACAAGGAUAACCUAAGCAAGGAGCAGUUGAAACAACUGAUUUUCCAGGAGAUUAUGAGGUAG